GGAAGUGACGUCAUGAGACGGAAUCGCAACAGCCGCGGCUGGGCGCUACAGCGCGGGGAACGAAGCGAGACAAUGGAGUUGAAGGAUGCCGAGGUGGGAGGCGAAGGGUUCGGCGACCUGUGGAAGUGAAGCCGGAGAGGUGGCGGGAACAGACGCGUCCGCUCCAUAGAGGAACCUCUAGUGGCGAAGUUUGAGACCCGGGUCGGCUUAAGUAAGCCGGGUCUGCGAAGGGGAGGUCCUUCUGCUAGAUGCCGGUUCUGCAGAUUAUUAGAAAUCUCAAUACUGAAAAAAAGAAUACAUCAAAUACUUUGAGAAACAGAUUACAUAAUUGAAAUUCAGAUCAUGGAGUCUUCAACCAAUCUAGAUGCUGAUACCCAGCUAAUUGUGGAAGAUUGUGCUGGCACCUUUAGCUUGUCUCAUAUGCCAGAUAUUAAAGUUGAACAUCACCUUGAGUCCAGUGUGGAGGAAGGACCACCUCAGAGUGUUACCAUGGGAAUGAAAUUCAUCCUGCCCAAUAGGUUUGAUAUGAAUGUAUGUUCUCGAUUUGUCAAGUCCUUGAAUGAAGAGGAUAGCAAAAAUAUUCAAGAUCAAGUGAAUUCUGACCUUGAAGUGGCUUCAGUAUUAUUUAAAGCUGAGUGCAACAUCCACACUUCUCCUUCUCCUGGGAUUCAAGUGAGACACGUCUAUACUCCAUCAACUACUAAGCAUUUUUCACCUAUCAAGCAGUCAACUACUUUAACUAACAAGCACAGAGGAAAUGAAGUUUCUACAACACCUUUGCUUGUAAACUCUCUGUCUGUUCACCAGCUGGCAGCUCAGGGAGAAAUGUUAUAUUUAGCUACACGUAUAGAACAAGAAAAUGUUAUCAAUCAUAUGGAUGAAGAAGGCUUUACUCCUCUAAUGUGGGCUGCAGCUCACGGGCAAAUCGCAGUAGUAGAAUUUCUACUCCAAAAUGGUGCAGACCCACAAAUCUUGGGGAAAGGACGAGAGAGUGCACUUUCACUAGCAUGUAGUAAAGGAUAUACAGACAUUGUCAAGAUGCUACUGGAUUGUGGAGUUGAUGUAAAUGAAUAUGACUGGAAUGGUGGUACACCCUUGCUUUAUGCUGUUCAUGGGAAUCAUGUGAAAUGUGUCAAAAUACUCUUAGAACAUGGUGCUGAUCCAACUGUAGAAACUGAUUCUGGAUAUAAUUCUAUGGAUCUCGCUGUAGCUUUGGGCCAUCGUAGUGUUCAACAGGUUAUUGAGACUCAUUUAUUAUCACUCCUUCAAAAUAUCAAAGAAUAGCAGCUAUGGAAUAAGAGAAGAAAUGGACUUCAGUAUAAAAGCAUCUCUUAAUUGGUAACUUAGUCCGUUCUUCAUUCUUACUACUUACCAAAUGUGCUUGAAAUGGUGACAUGCAUAUUUAGCAGUUGAUUUAUAAGUAGAAGAGACUGCCUUUUGCCCCAGCAAACCUUUCCUGUACCAUAGUGCUGGUUUAUUGUUCCAAUAUUUCAUAGUAGGAUCUAUGACAUUAGAAUUUCUGUUUCAAUGUUUAGAUACAAGAAUAGGUAAUAACAGCACUUGAAAGCUGAAAAAUGUUACAGGAUUUAUUCAAGCAGUUUUUUUUCUUUUGAGUUAUAUUUUAGGUGAACCAUGUUCAUUUGAGUGAUGUUCAUAGAUGUUUAAAAUUCAAACUUAUCUAUUUAUUUCUAUUUCAUGUAUGCACUUGAAAAAUGAAUUGUUAAAAGUACUAUGACAAUACACAAUAUUACAUACUGAUGUAUGAAUUAUACAUUUCAAACUGA